GGUUUGAGAUGCACACUGCGCAGAACCGUCCGCUACCGACGCAUCUUCCUGGCCUGCCUCCCCCCUCCCUUCCCCUCGUCUCUCCCUAUCCUCUCAGUCUCUCUUUUCCUCCCUCGACUGUCUGCUACUAGCCUACCUGAGAGGAAGUGUACACACAAAGCUAGUAGGACAAAUCUGGCGCGACGUCAGCCGGGCCUUGUGGGCGCUAUGCUGCGGUAAAACCGGCUCCCUACAGGGGGAUGUAGAGAGGCAGAGACACCGACGGACGGACGGACGGACCGCGCCGUGUCUGCUCUGCUCUGCCCAGCCCGCUGCAUCGCUGAGCGGCCUGCGAAGCACACAAGAUGUCGACCAGAACGCCAUUGCCCACGGUGAACGAGCGCGACACCGAGAACCACUCCUCCGUGGACGGCUUUGUCGAGCCCCCGGCACCCCCCACAAAGUCUGCAAGUCGCCACAGUCUGCCGCGAUGCCGCAACUCGUUCACCUCCACAGAGGAGCAACCGCAUAUAGGCAACUACCGCCUCCUCAAGACCAUUGGGAAGGGGAAUUUCGCCAAGGUGAAGCUCGCUCGACAUGUUCUGACUGGACGAGAGGUGGCGGUGAAGAUUAUAGACAAAACCCAGCUGAAUCCCACUAGUCUACAGAAGCUCUUCAGGGAAGUCCGAAUAAUGAAGAUUUUGAAUCAUCCAAACAUAGUGAAAUUGUUUGAGGUGAUCGAGACGGAGAAGACACUUUAUUUGGUGAUGGAAUAUGCCAGUGGUGGUGAGGUAUUUGAUUAUCUAGUGGCUCAUGGCAGAAUGAAGGAGAAGGAAGCCAGGGCCAAGUUCAGACAGAUUGUGUCUGCAGUGCAGUAUUGUCACCAGAGGAGGAUAGUACACAGGGAUUUAAAGGCGGAGAACCUGUUGUUAGACGCAGAUAUGAACAUCAAGAUCGCCGACUUUGGUUUUAGCAACGAGUUCACUGUGGGCAGCAAACUGGACACUUUCUGUGGCUCCCCGCCGUACGCUGCUCCAGAGCUUUUCCAGGGAAAGAAGUACGACGGGCCAGAAGUGGAUGUCUGGAGCCUCGGGGUCAUCCUGUACACACUGGUCAGCGGUUCACUGCCGUUUGACGGCCAGAACCUAAAGGAGCUGAGGGAGAGGGUCCUGAGAGGAAAGUACCGCAUUCCUUUCUACAUGUCUACAGACUGUGAAAACCUGCUGAAGAAACUCCUCGUACUCAACCCCGUCAAACGAGGCAGUUUGGAGCAAAUCAUGAAAGACCACUGGAUGAAUGUGGGUCAUGAGGAGGAGGAGCUUAAACCGCACAUCGAGCCUGAGGCCGACUUCAGUGAUACAUCCAGAAUAGAGCUCAUGGUGACGAUGGGCUUCCCAAAAGACGAGAUCAACGAGUCCUUACAAGGCCAGAAGUAUGAUGAUGUCAUGGCCACCUACCUGCUGCUGGGCAGAAAAGCACCUGAGUUUGAGGGCAGUGAGCCGCUGACUAACAGCGUCCUGGGCCAGAGGCAGCGGCCGACAAGUGACAUCAACAACAGUACCAGCGUUUCUCCCGCCCAUCCCAAGGUCACGCGCAGCAUCUCGGCCAAUCAGAAGCAGCGCCGCUACAGUGAUCAUGGUGGGGAUGAUGAUGGUGGUGGUGGUGUCGUAGAGAAGCCAAUGGGUCCGUCUGUGCCCCCGGCCGUGUCGUAUACGAAGCGUGGCCAGGCUCUGAGCGUGGAAAGUGACCACAGAGAGGAGUGGGAUGGAGCACGUCGGCUGGAGCUCAACACUUCCAAAGGAGACGUUCCUGCUUCGCCACUGGGGGUUCAAGAGAGGAAGAAGACCACGAGUGCUGUGGGGACCAACGGAUCAAUGACUCGCAGGAAUACAUAUGUGUGUGAGCGAACCUCCACCGAUCGCUACUCGGCUAUCCCCAACGGCAAAGACAGCAGUUUAACUGAGGUGUCAGGUAGCACCACAUCGACCGCAAUCAGUUCCACGCGACCUCGUCACACCAAGUCCAUGUCGUCGUCGGGGCAUCCUUCAAAGAGCACACUGCCCCCUAUUGAUGACAACACGGAGCUGAAAGCCAGCUCCUCGCCGCGAGGUCCCUCCACCUCGCCGUCUGCACACAGUAUUAGCACGCCCGAGAAGAACCGCUUCCCUCGUGGCACCACCAGUCGCAGCACCUUCCACGGAGCUCAGCUCAGAGACAGACGCAGCGCCACCUACAACGGCCCGCCGGCCUCACCCACUCUGUCGCACGACACGGGGGCUCUCGCUCAACAACGCAGGGGCACGUCUACGGGAAUCAUCAGCAAGAUCACGUCCAAGUUUGUGCGCAGAGCUCUGUCUUUCAGGUCGACGCAGAGGGUGCCCAGUGAGGGAGAGGCCAGCGCCAGGAUGGAAACACCAAGGAGCGUGUCCGGUGAUUCUAAAGACGACAGCGGCCGCGACUCCAAGCCCCGCUCCCUGCGCUUCACCUGGAGCAUGAAGACCACCUCCUCCAUGGAGCCCCCUGAGAUGAUGCGGGAGAUCCGCAAGGUCCUGGACGCCAACAGCUGCGAUUACGAGCAGCGCGAGCGCUUCCUGCUCUUCUGCGUCCACGGCGACGCCCGCCAGGACAACCUGGUGCAGUGGGAGAUGGAGGUGUGCAAGCUGCCGCGCCUCUCGCUCAACGGCGUGCGCUUCAAGAGGAUAUCGGGCACGUCCAUCGCCUUUAAGAAUAUCGCCUGCAAAAUUGCCAACGAGCUCAAACUGUGACAGCGGACGGCGUCUCGGUCGGUCUCCGGUGAACUCUGGUCACGGUCUCAUCUCAUCACUGGAUUAGUGUUGGCAAAACUCAGCACUGAAAGUCCUCACCAUGCAGAGUCAGGGUGGACUCGGCUGGUAACGUGCAAUACUGGCCAUGAAUGUACUGUACAGGGUAGUGGAUCGAGCAAGAUUUAACCUCUGUGACGGAGAGAACGCAAAAAAAACAACAAAACCCCUCCCCCUCACCCUUCAUUUUUCUUUCUUCUUUUCUGUUUUUCUUCCGUCCAGCUCUUUGUCUCUCUCUCACCGGCCGCUGCUCCUCAUCAUAGGACACAUUCAUGUAACACAUGCAGUAUGCAACUGAAGAUGACCCAUCCUGCAAUAAUGUUUUCAAUCUCUUUUUCUAUUAUGCCUACGACAAGAUCUACUCUCUCCUCGCUGAAUAACCAUUAAAAAGUUACUGAAAAGCUCAAAAUAGCCGCUUUUACACCUGUGUUACGUCAGUAUAUAGAUCAGGCUGGGGCCCAUACUAAAACUAUGUAAAAAGAGAAUUGUACUGUAUGAAUAACACCUGCAGGUACUGUACUGUAUAUUGAUUUUGUGUUGUGUACAGACUUCUAUUGUCAAUACUGUCUCUUUUUUCAUUGAAUUUAAGUUCUUUCCUAAUAUAAUUGAUGUCUCUUAGAGCAUUAUCCUCUCGGCCUGUGAGUUUUUUUGUUGUUUUUGGUUUGUUUUUUUAAAGAGCCACCACAUGACAAGUGUUUUUACUUUUAUUUAAAAGAGCACUAAAUUAUUUUGUUGGAAUAUUAAGGGACGUGUUCCCUUGCCUUUUUAUGUUCUAUUUUGUUUUGCCUACAGAAAAAACGACGACACUGAAGUUACGCCACAUAGACUUGAGUAGUAACUUCGGUUCAAACUGAAGACGUGUUCACUUUAUUUUCUCUGCAGCAGCAGGACGGACGGACGGACGGACGGGAGGACGGGCGCAGACACACAGGUCCUGCUGCUCUUGCACAAGUUUUCUGGGGUGACGUGUACGAACAUGAGAGGAAGCACCUGCGUUUCUUUCAUGUCAGUUUGGUCGUUCUCCGUUACAAAAAAAGAAAAAAAAAGCAGGGUUUAAACUGGUUGGACAGAGGAGGAUGGAAAUGGACUGUGUGGAAAUGAAAUUCAAUCAAUCAUCAUGCAAGAAGCAGAUUUGGUGGUGGAGUCUUUCUAAAGAGCCUGAUUUGAAUCCUGCUGCCAGUGUGAUUGUGCAGGUACUCGUGUUUCUCCUCGCUUGUGGUUUUCUUUUUCUUUUCUUUUUUUUUAAUUCAUCGGAUUAUUGUAUUUAUUCCAUUACAUUGUAAUGUGCUGCUUUGUAGAACUGAGGCGUGCACUUUGUUGGAGAAAAUAAAAAGAUUUUAUUUGUUUGUA